CGAUCCAAAAAUGCGGCCCUUUUUGAUUAUUACUUUGUUAUUAACAGUGGCGUUGGCCUAUUACGUCUAUACACCGUUACCUGACGCUUUAGAUGAAAAAUGGAAACUCAUGUCUCUGGAUGUAGUACUUCGGACUACGAUGCACUAUGCUGCACUGAAGCACUGGCUUGGCUAUGACCACUACAUCCACACCAUCAGGAACAUCGCUGGGUCUUUAGAUCCUCCACCUGAUCCAGAUUUCCUCCCUGGAGUUAAAGUAAGAGAUGAGACUUUUGCUGGUGUUCCAGUGCGAGUGUAUGAAGCAUCUGGUGGAGAGGGAAGUCUGAGGAGAGGACUGAUGUAUUUCCAUGGAGGAGGAUGGGCCCUGGGCAGUGCUAAGGGCUCGUCUUACGACAGAAUGAGCCGGAUCCUGGCUCAUGAGCUCAACGCAGUGGUGGUCUCUGUGGAAUACAGACUUUAUCCAGAGGUGCAGUUCCCGGUGCCAUACUUGGACUGCCUGGCAGCAACGAAGCACUUCCUGUCCUCAGAGGUUUUGUCCAAAUAUUCAGUGGACCCAGACCGAGUGGGCGUGUCUGGAGACAGCGCCGGGGGCAACCUGGCAGCAGCAGUGUCUCAGGAGAUUUCCCAAGGCCCUGACAUAAGUAUCAAAUUCAGUGUCCAAGCUUUGAUCUACCCUGCUCUUCAGGCUCUGGACUUCAACACUCCAUCUGAUCUCCAAAACCAUAACAUCCCUGUGUUACCUCUAGAUGAUCUGAUCAAGUACUGGAUGCAGUAUUUAGGUAUUGACCUAUCAUUACGGGACCAAGUUAAGUUAAACCGCCACAGCUCCCUACAGCAGACUCAUCUCACCCCUGAGUUAAGAGCUCGAUUUGACUGGAAAAAACUGCUCUCUCCAAAAUACCACAAGAACAACAAACUUGUGGUAGCGGAGAAAGGGUUGGCUGGUAUUAUAGAGAGGGUCCCUGCACUGUUGGAUGUCCGUGCCUCUCCACUAUUGGCUGACACAGGAGUAUUAUCCAAAUGUCCCAAAGCUUAUAUUAUGACUUGCGAGUUUGACGUGUUGAGAGAUGAUGGUUUUAUGUAUGCUCGGCGCUUAGAGGAGGCUGGGGUGCAGGUGACCAGUGUUCACUAUGACGAUGGGUUUCAUGGAUGCUUUAGUUUUGUCUCAAAUCUGGAAUUUAAAGUGGCACAAAGAGCAGUGAGAGACUAUAUGAGCUGGCUACAGGAAAAUCUGUAGAAAUUUCAUUAAUUUAUGCCAGUGCUGGUCCUAUAUUAUAUAAAAUUAAGCAACCCUUUAUAAUUAGUCUGUCUACAUCUCCAAAGCUCAAAAUGCUCUGUUCCAACUUGUGGUGUCAUGAAGCAGUAGUUUUCUACUUUUUUCUUUUAGUUCAGCAGACACUGGCAAUUCCAAGGCUGAUAUCUUCCAAAUGAUUCUAGUGAAGGUGAGUUUCAAAACACAGUGGAGCACUUCCUGUAUUACCACAUGACAUCACAAGGUGGAACAGUGUGUUUUCUGUUUGAGAGAAGAGUUUAGCAUAGAUUUGCAGGAUUGAGUUUUAAGAUGUGUGAAUGAAACAAAAGACAUCUCCAUGUAUGUUUGUGAUGAGACCACAUUAUAAUAUAGAUAGGAAAUUAGUGUAAUAUGUGCCCUUUAACCUGAAAUUAGGGGUUUCAAUCAAUCAAACAAGAAUGACAUUACCAAAUAAAUAUUCUUUAAUGUAAACAACAAACACUUAAAAUUAAGGCAAAAUGCAAAUGUUUUCUACCACUAUACUUAGCUGCACCUCUCAGUGAAAAC